CGCAGUGAAACGGUCUUACCUCGUAGUGCUCGGAGAACAGCGUGAAAGACGAAGGCGGCAUGGAAAUACAUCCGACAUCGGAAGCGGUUAUCAAAACCGUUGCGAGGAAAUUACGGUAUUACAUGGAUGUUCGACGUAGAGAGCUCGACUUUGAUUUGAGUGGUCCUCAGAAGCCGCGCCCGUGUUGGAAGGAGCCUGGAGUUCAGGAUUCUGUGGCGAGAUUCUUUCACAGCCAACAUGAUCGGCAUGUGAAACAUUACUUCAGACAGCCAGAAGUGAAAAAACAUCUGCAGUACAUGGAACACGAUGCUAGCAAUUUGUCAGGGAGUAGGGAAUCAGUUGUCAGACUGGAAAUCGAGGACGAGAUGGACAGACUAGCUCAAGUUCCGCAUUCGACACCAACAACAGGGAGAUCAACAGAACAUCGUCAUAGUGGUAAUCGCAAACGGAGAAGCAGAAGAAGCUCGUUGGACUCAAGCAAGUUAACACGUACCUCAACAUCACAGCAAGUACUCUACACAAAAACAAGAACUCAUUCGGCCUCACGUCUAAUGCAUCAGAGACACCAGAGCAGUAAGAAUUGCUUGACAACCGGCAAAGCUGAACACCUGCUCACGACGGCCUCGAGACUGAUCGUCGCCACCGAAACGGUUGUACUCAACGAAAGCGGAAGAGAUUGGACGAAAGGGAGACAAAGACAAAGAAAGUCACCUGACCAAACGAGUUUGCCGUCUGUCGGUUGCAGGAUGACUGCAUGGACACAAGAUACUGCCGACGGCAACAUUGAUGAUAUUCAUUUAGCUCAGUUGUCGAGCUCUUCCAUGGAAAGGAUGAAGCAUAGGGGUCAUCAGCACGGCCAACUCUCGGGUGGCAGUACACCCGAGGCUGUCACUCCACGUGGUAUGACUCCAGUGCCACCUCCAGCUGAAAAAUGUCGAAGAGGAAGCAAUCUUCAACACUUGUCUAACUCAUCUCUUUACAAGCGACGUGUCUCGACUUUCCCCACUAAUUUUGGGCUUCAACUCCAGCAAAGUGAUGAAGCAAUUGGCGAAGAAAGCAACCCAAACGAUGAACCAUCAAGGAAAACAAGUGACAUCGAGACUGCUGUUGGUGUAGUCAAUGAGCAAACGGACGACGUGAAUGAAAUGACCGAAUCAAGCAGAAAUGUGGAGAAACCACAGAUGGAGGACACCGAUGGCGUCGAGAAUCCCGACAAACGAAAUGUCGUGAAUGACGACAUUCAAGUUAUUGACUUGCAAGAAGAAAAUGCGGAAGCCGAGGAGGGAAAACUGGAAAACGAAGUAUCAAACACGAUAGAAGAACGAGACGUAGCCAAUAGUGUCAGCGAUGAAAUCCGAGAUGAAAGUCAUGAUAAGAAUGAAAGACAUACAAACAGUGAGGAGGCUGAUUUUCAAGACAGUGACACGAUUGGUAAAGAGGUAAAUGAGCAAAUAGGAAACGACAUGACAAGAGAACUGGAAACGAGUAUCGAAAGUGGCGAAGUGGCUAGAGACAAGGACGAGCAAGAGCAAUCUCGAGAUGCGGCAGAUAAUGACAAGCAGUUGGUAGAAGAGCGUGUCGCAAACGUCUCAAAUUCUGUAGACCAAGCGGCCGACAUCGACACCAUCAUCUCUAAGAGUAAUAUGGACGUCCACCCGUUGAUGGUUGACGUGGCGACUCAAACAGCAAACGACAAAUCAACACAGACGUCAGAUGAGAUCACAGAUAGAGACAGUGCGAGUUUGCUGGAACCGGUGAGUACCGAGAAGCUCAUACAAGAAGCAGGGAAAGUGCUCAAACUACUGCAAGUGUUGCCUUCUUUUGUUGAAUAUGAGUUGGAGGUCCACACCGGUCACGAUCCUUCAGCUGGUACAACAGCUGCUGUCCAGGUUGUUAUUUUCGGUGACGGCAAACACAGCAAUGUGCAGCACCUAGAGCAGUCCUUGACUCAUCGAGCGAAUUUUCAGACAGGCAAUGUUGACGUUUUCACGAUUCGUUGUACGGCAUUGGGAAGGUUGAAGGGUUUGAAAGUGUGGCAUGACAACACGGGAACAUCUCCGUCUUGGUUUCUUGAGAAAAUGGUAGUACGAGAGGGGAAGGACGGUAUUGCUGACUUUGUGUUUGAUUGCUACAGGUGGCUGACAGCAAAUGAGAGCGACGUUUUCAAUUCUGUAGAAGAAACGGGAACGUUUGCUAUGUUGCCUUGCACAGGCAUUGUUCUCAAAGGGAUAGCCUCACGAGAAAUGGAAAAUGCACUAUUUGCUCAUACUACUAGAUACAGUCCUGAAGCGUUUCCUCAAGUGCCUGUGUCUUCUAAUUGUUCAUUUUCUGCUAAUUUUGUGUCCUCUUCGCCUGGUCUCAAUGCAACUAGCAACUCUGGUCAAGCACAGAGUGCAAGUGAAAGGCAAUCAGUUGUGACUGUACAACAAGGAUUGGGAGAUGAGAGGCCUGGUGCAGAUGGUGGUGAUCAGUUAGCGAGAAAGACUACCCAACAUGAGACUACUAAUGUUGAUGUUGCACACGAAGUAUCAGUUGAAACGGAGGACAGUGGUGUAGGUCACGAGGAGCAACAGUUGAUUGAUCAACAAUUGAACACGUCAGCAGCAAACGUUGAUGAUACGCAAGUAGUAAACAAGGAUUCUAAUUUGCCGUCUUCGUCAAGUCAAGUUGAACUCGAAACUGAACGAGAACAUGAAUCAACAAGUCCGCAGCCUGUUGACUUGGAUCAGAUUGACGAGGCAAUCCGUUCCGAGGCCUUGAAGCGUCAUCUCAGUGCCAUCAAACUUCAACAGUUCUUCAAAGGGUUUGUGGCUGGUUCAAAAGCCAGCAAGUCGCCUACCAAGUCAUUCGAAGAAAAACUGCAGGAGAGCAAACAGGAAGAGGAAGAUGUAAUUUUACGUGACCUUCAACGAGGUUCGACUAUUCAUCAGGCAGCCAGGGAUGGAAACUUAGCACGACUCGAGGCACUCUUAGAUCAUAAUAGUACUCUUAUAAGUUCUACUGAUGAACACGGGCAGUCUCUUUUACACCUAGCUGCAGCUAGCGGCCACGUCGACUGCGUCAAGCUUCUGGUUGCACGAGGAGGCAAACUGGACGACUUCACUCCGACUGGUUACUACCCAAUACACUUGGCAGCGAUGAAUGGUCACGUUCAUUGUCUCCAGUUACUCAAGGGUCUUGGUUCUCACUUGUCGUUACUCACAAUCGACAAACAGACUCCACUUCACUUGGCUGCUGCUCGAGGACUUGUUGAAUCGUGUCGCUGGCUUAUUGCUAAUCGAGCGGACCUCAAUGCUGUAGAUAACAACGACAGAACUUCUGUAGAUGUAGCAAAGGAAUAUGGUCACGACGAGUGUGUUAAGCUGUUAGAAGAAUGCAAGAAAGAUUUGAGACGGCGGAACAGCGGGUUGUCUUUGUUGAUCGCCUCACCGAGACUUUCACGCCAGCAUGACAUCGGAAAAGAACAAGAGAUGUUGCUGACCUCGAGCCACACUGAGACUGAAAAUAGACUGAAUGAUCAACAGGACGAUGAAGGAUGGAUGAGUGAUGACAAUGUUGUCGUCUCUGAGCAAGAUAGAAAGGAACCACUAUCGACCAGUUUCACACUAGAGGAGAAGAGAGUGGUUUAUGACAAGCAUCAUCUAUUGAUGAAACAACGCGAUUCCAGUUUCCUUGAUUCGAUACGCCAGGAGAUCGAAGACAACCUAACCGACGAGACAACAGCUACCGACGCUUUCUCUCAAGAUGACGCCAUCAGAAAUUCCGACUUAAAACAGAUCGAAGAGAUACAACCCGAAACAUCAACAGAGAUGAAUGACCACAACGAGACACAUAGACAAACAGAGGAUACUGUGGAUAACAUGAUUGCAACUGGUGGUUCUAAGGAGGGUGACAGCUCAAACCUAGAGCAUUGAUUGAGACCUUGAUAAGAGACUAAGCUGAUAUGUCGACUAGUAGGAGGAAAAUCGGUGUCACACAAGUAACAGGUUGUAAGCGCCACAAAGGUCUGUUGCUAUGUAUGCACAACGUUUAUCAUUUUUGUAUUUACAUUUUAAUGGUUGGAAGUAGGUAAUAUGGUACAGUUUUAAUGACUUUACAUAGUAUAAUCAAUACUGUAUGGUGGUCUGUCAUUUGAAGGCCAAUUGAUCGAGGACUAGUAGAAAUGGGUGCAGCACUAGUGUACUGUGCUUUUUCUUGAUUUUACAACGUACGUUAGCAUUAGUUGAUUUGUGUGUUUUAUAACGCCAAGGAGAUUAAUACCAACAGGCAAGAGUA